UGCACCGCGUCCGCGUGACGACGUGAGGAGUGACGAGACCCAACAGCAACUCGAGACGGGGACGCCACGCAGCCACGCCUCACACGGCGACGGCCGCACGACCACCCAACACGCCGCCGCCUCCCAUGGCGGACAUCGGCGACGAGCUCUUCCUCGACGUCGGCGACGACGGCUUCGGCGAGCUCUCCUAUGUCUCCUUCUCCGAGUCCCUCGAGGAUGAUCUCGCCUGCCCACGCCACCUCCUCUCCCCGGGCUUCGACCCCGGAACCCUAACCCCCACCCCGGGCUCCCCCUUCUCCUUCGACUCCGACCCCGACCUCCGCCCGCUCUCGCCCUCGGGGCCGUCCCCGCCCUUCUGGGACUGCCUCGAGGACGACCUCGCGGACCACGGCUUCGAGUGGGAGGAGAUCUUCGGCGGCGAGGGUAGUGGUGGUGGUGGAGGGGGAGGGGGAGGACGAGGGGUAGGAGGCGAUGGCGUUGUGUUCGGAUUCCUCGACGAGCGGGAGAUGCUGGGUGUGAUGGAGAGUAUCGGCAGUGGGGACGACGAGUCGAUCUUCUCCGAUGAGCCGCCGUUCGACUUCGGCGAUGGCAACGCGGAGUUCGAAGGUAUCUUUCAGAGCGUGGGGUGGGAGCUGCUCCCGGUGCCGCUGGACGAGGACGACUUCGAGGUGCUCCCGGGGCACCUCGCGGACGCGGCGGCGGGUGGCGCCCCGCCUGCGGCGCGCACGGCGGUGGAGUUGCUCCAGGUGGUGGCUGUCGGAGGGGAGGAGGCGGCUCAGGGGUGCGCCGUGUGCAAGGACGGGAUCGCGCAGGGGGAGCUCGCCACACGGCUGCCGUGCGGACAUUUCUACCACGGAGCGUGCAUUGGGCCGUGGCUCGCCAUCCGGAAUUCGUGCCCAGUGUGCCGCUAUGAGCUUCCCACUGACGACCCUGAGUACGAGCGGCGAAGGGCGAGGCGCCGCUCUGCUGGUGGCUCAACAGCACAGUUGGGUACCCCGAUGCAAAUAUGAGCUAGGGCUGCUUGGUGGUAUGUGUUGGAUGCAAUUCCAUGGAAGUGAGAAACCUCACUCGUUGAAUUUGUGUUAGGAUAUUUUUAUGCCACUAGAAUCAUACUUCUACGAUCUAGAAAAUUUUCAGGAUUUAACUGUUGUGCUUGAGAGUUGAAUGGUGAAUGGUAAGAACAAUUGUCAUAACAUUUGUACAUAUGCCGUGUUGCUUCAAUAAUAUAGCAAACUCUAUCUCAUUGUUUGUCACAGAA